CACGCCGUUUCGUCGAGUUUGAACAUGGCGUCUCAGGGAUCACCAGUAAAAAUGAAAGAGUUAAAUUUACCAAUGGCUCGAGUGAAAACUAUUAUGAAAAGUUCACCGCAUGUUGAAACUGUUGGCUUGGAUGGCUUGUUUCUAGUGGCUAAAGCAACCGAAAUGUUUAUUCAAUAUUUGGCUGAGGAAGCACAUACUCAAUCGAACAAGGCAAAUCAAAUAGAUUAUAAGCAUCUUGCGGAAGUGGUCCAAACAAACGAGACUCUGGAGUUCCUCAAAGAAAUAAUGCCACGAAAGAUAACAGUUCGACAGUUCAAAGAAUUAAUGGCUGCAAAAGAAUCUAACAACAGUAGCUCGUCAGAAACUUCGUCGUCAGAUUCUGACAGUGAUAGUGAAUCCGACAGUGAUUCAUGCUCAGACAGUGACGAGUCGGAAAAUAAAAAUAACAAUUCAUCUGGAAGCGAGUCUAAUUCCAAACCAAAUGGAAAAUCAAAUUCUGGAAAAAGUGACUCGAGCACAAAAAGUGACAGCGAUGCUGAUAACAAAUCUUAGAAUAAUUACUCUUUUAAUUAUUAUAAGAUAAUUUAUGGAUCAAAAAGAAUGUGAAUCAAGAGAAUGCUAUUUUACACAUCACCCGUUAAUUCAAUCAAUGUUUUAGUCAUAUAAUCUGCCUGAAAAAAAUUUCAGAUUCAAAAAAACAGUCAUUAAAAUUAUUCAAACAAAAAUUUUUGCUCUUUUUAUUGGAAACCUCUAAUCUGAGCUGGAAUUCAAGAAAAAAUCAAUAAGUUCAGAAUUUUUUUUUUCAUUCAACGCUAUGGAUUUUAACUUCAUGAAUGAUAGAAUAAAUAGAAAUAAUGUGUAAAUAGAGAUCCAACGUUUCAAGAAAAAUCGAAAGACACGAGUCAAUAUGUUGUGCAGAACAGUUUUUUAUCGCAUUCAAUUUGUUAACAUGUUUUUAGAUUUUUCAUAAUGAAAUGUUUUUGUUACAAUUCAAAAACUAUUGAUUUCAUAAAAUUCCAUUGUGGCAUACUGAGUAGCAAUUGGAUUUGAAUGUAGAUUUAAUUUGAUUCGAAAUUUCAUUAAUAAUUUCAAUUUUCAUCCAUAGUACCUGUAAUUUACAUGUUUAAAUUGAAAUUUAUUGAAUUUCAUCUCCGUUUCUGGUGGUUUUGAAUGCAAUUGGAAUCAAACAUACAAAUUUCGAUCAAAUAAAAUGAACUGCUGAGCAUGUAGUCGUAAAGCAUACUUUAAAUCUGCCAAUGCAGAUUUAUCGUAGAAAAAUAAACACGAUUGAUUGGUUUUGUAUUAUUUAUUUUAUAUUUAUACAAACAAUACUCAGUUCAGCAGCGUCGAUGAAGUUGAACAUGGAAUUGGCAUUGUUUGCAAAUUUUCAUGGCCGUUGAUCCGAAUUCAUGUUCAGAUAAAUAAAAAUAUUACUCUUGAUGAAA